UUAAUAAGAGCAUAAUUUCUAAUUUCAAACCCCUAUAGGAUUUGUUACGUCCCAUUAAAAAUCCAUAAUUGGACGACUUUAUAAAGACCCGCACCAUUUAUUAACUGGACGGAUCGGGCUGGUCAAGCUUCCAUUGAAUUGCUCUUACUGUCAAUAACUCAAUAAGGGAAAAAAAAAAGAAAAAAUAACCGGACGAACGCAGCCCUACUUCCUCCGCCUGUCUUUCUCAGUUCGUUCUCCAUUGAAGCGCACUUGACGUUCUCCAUUGAGGUGCCUUCUAAUACCUGUAUCCCCCAUUGAAGCAGCUUCUGAGAACCCUUUAAUGUUAGGAUUGAACUAGGGCGGCCGCCCCUCCUGCCCUGGCUCAGGGACGGGCCUGCUCAGAAGUAAUGUGGACCAACAUUUUCAGAAUCGGAGGCCUUCAUCAGCUAUCUUGGUUCCAGUUUCUGCCAAAUGAAUCAGAUGUUACCUGUUUACCUGAUAAAAGCUCAAGGACUGAACAGAGGGAUGCUGCUACACUUGAACUUAUCUCAUCACAUGUUCAGCUGCAGAAGGAUGGAUUUCUCAGCACUUGGACUAACUCCUUUGUGGGCCCUUGGGAUCCUUCUCAGGGCACGCACAACCCCGAUGAAAAAAUUAAGCUCUGGCUUUUUCUUCCUGGCCGCCAUUCCUCCGUUUCUGAAACUGCUCAACCUGCUGUAUGUAAAUUAAGAGUUGUUGCUUCUGGACUCUGGAUUUCUCCGGGUGAUUCUGAGGAGGUUGCAACUGCUUUGUCUCAGGCUCUAAAAAGUCGUUUAGAGAGAGCACUUAUUGGGCUCUCAUAUGUGAGAUAUGGUGAUGUGUUUUCAAGAUAUCGACCCUUUUCACAAAGUGAAGAACUCUUUAGGAAAGGCCAACCAACAAUUGAAUUUGUCUUUGCUGCUAGUGAAGAUGCCAUCUUUGUGCAUGCUAUAUUAUCAGCAAAGCAUGUACGAACACUUUCUGGUGGUGAUAUGGAGAAAGUGUUGAAGCUCUCUUCUAGUAGCCUUGGCCAGAGACUUCCAGUUGUAGUCUCUCCUCAUGGAAUGUGUGGCAAGGUUACCGGGUGCUGUUCAAGUGAUCUUGUGAAGCAGGUGUUUGUCGGGCCUGGUGCAUCAAACACUUCAACUGGAUUAGUUGGUUUACCAUAUACUGCUGCUCACACAUCUGGUGGCAAGUUGGGGGGGCAGAAUUACUACUUAGAAGUUACCCUUGGUUGCAGUUCUUCUGGAAGUGAGAAGGUGAAUCUGCCUAAUUCAAAUAUCAACAGCUCCAAUCGCCCAACAUCUGGAUCCCCCUCUAUUGCUAAAGGCAGUCAGAAAGUGUCCACUGGCGAUGCUUCUAAUUUUGAAAAGACCUUCAUAUAUCCAUCUGAGGCGGUUCUUGUUCCAAUUUUGCAAACAUCAUAUGCAAGAUCUUUUUUGAAAAGAUUUUGGCUACCAAAUUGGACAGGGCUGUCGUUGGCUGGUUCAACUCUCUUGAUGCAUUGCUGCGGUUCUGAAACAGACGACGUGGAUGAUUCAUGGUCUGAAUCUGAUGGUAUCAGCUUGCAGCAUGGAUUACACAGUAGCAGCAACAGCAAUAAUAGUAGUAUCAGUAGCAUAAGCAGCAGCUCAAGUGAUAGUGACUGUAGAGCCAAGGCAACGUCUGGUGACCUUGAAGGUGAUGCUGAUUCCUUAACUGGAAGACAGUCAGGCCUAUCUUCCGUUGAUCCCAUGGAUACUAAUGGCCCUAAACAGGGUGCAAAACGUCCUCGUACAGGAGCAGAUGAUUCAUACAUUCAAGCCGGUACUGUGGGAAAUGCUCCUAAACAUGAAUACAGCAAUUCAGGCAUCCCAGGAGUCACAAAUGAUCAUGCUGGGUCUGAGUGGGACUGGGAUGAUGAUGACAGAGGUGGGGGCAUGGAUAUACAAGCCCUUCUCUCCGAGUUUGGUGAUUUUGGCGACUUUUUUGAAAAUGAUGCAUUGCCAUUUGGAGAGCCCCCAGGAACUGCAGAAUCUCAGGCACUUGUGUAUUCUGGGCAUGAUUGUGGAGAUGGAGGUGGCAGUCCUUCUGGUACCCUAAUGGAUGUUCCGGAUCCAAUGCUUUUACCUGCAAGUUUCCAAAUGUUUGAAAGCCUUCACUCUCCUUCAACAGGGAUGGAAGAGUGUGUUAGUAAUAUUCAAGAAGCCACAAAAUGUAACUCAACUGGUCUUGUGAGCUGUGCACCAGCAGCUUCAAAUGGUGAAAUUGAUCAUGUAUUGAAAGCUGAAGCAUUGUUGACUUUUGCCCCUGAAUAUGGAGCAGUUGAGACCCCUUCAAGUGAGCUCUCCUCAACUGUUUUUAGAAGUCCGUACCAACCAAAAUCUCAGAAAGCUGAGAGUUUGAAUUCAAGUGGGAGUAAUUAUGUUUAUGGGGCAACACCACCUUCAUCUCCUGGCACUAAUGGACGUGAAGAAAAUCCUUCUCUGGCUGCUGACUCCAGAAUACAUCCUGGCAAAUAUGAUAUUGGUUCUGAUCUCCAAAAAUUGUACACUCAGAUAGAGAGAGGUCAAACUCUAACAGAAACAAUGUCUAUUAAGAACAGUACUGUAACUUCUUCUGAAGGGGCAUCAUUAUCGUUGUUUUCUGGGUUCAACUCUUCUAGUACUGUCAAAUCUGUUCAGGAUAUGACUAAUGAAGUUGCUAAUAGUGCCAAGCAAUUCUUUCUAUCUCAACGAACAGUCCCUUCUGUUGAACUUGAGUGCCUUAUGUUCCAGGCCUUUAUGUGCAGGAUAAGACAUACAUUACUGCCUUUUGGUAAUCCUGCCUCUACUGCCGGCAACAGAUCCAUCGGCAACAUGGGGUUGGGACAAUUACCUGGCGAUCCGAGUGGCACACCUGACAAUUUUUCUAGUAAAUCUGAACUGAGGAAGAAGGAUUCCAUACCAGUUAGAAUUGCUGGUGAUUUUGAUGGAGGGAUGCUUGAUAGCCCUUUUAAUGCACCCAUUGGGGUUUGGCGCUCUGUCGCAACGUCUAAACCUGCAAAGCCUGCCAUUACACCUACUGCUGAGGUUUUUCCUUCCUCAUCUCAGCAAAUAUUUAAUGAGGAAGCCAUGAUUUCAUAUCGGAAAAGACAGCCACUUCAAGACUUUCUUGAUGCCAUGCCAUUGCUUGUCCAACAAGCUGUCUCGUUUGUUGAUGUUGCAUUUGAUGGUGAAUUUGUGGACGGUCCAUAUAGCUGGCUUGCUUUACAAGAGCAGUGUAGGCGGGGAUUUUGUUGCGGGCCACAUAUGGCUCAUGCGGGUUGUGGUGGCAUUUUUGCUUCUUGCCAUUCUUUUGAUAUUGCUGGCGUAGAUCUGCUUGAUCCUGUGUCGGCUGAUGUUCAGGCAUCAUCAGUGAUAAGUUUGCUGCAAUCUGAUGUCAAAACAGCUUUGAAAUCUGCAUUUGGCUCCUCAGAUGGACCUUUAUUUGUUACCGAUUGGUGCAAAGGCCGAUCACUUUCUGCAGAUGCAGGAACUACAAGCGAAACAUUAUCUGCUGAAUCCACUUUAAGUGAAUAUAGGGAUUCCUCUAAUACUACAGCACUAUCUGUGAGCGACCCAGUGAGCCCGUCACAGUCCACUGCUGGUAUGCCAUCUGGUUUGAGAGAUGGGAGCAAAGCGGAUGACACUGGUCAUAAAAGGUCUAACCAGGAGCUCUGCAUGUCAGAGUCAGAGCCACAGCUGAGGUCACGGAGAAGACCUUCUUUGCUUGUGAUUCCAUCUACUUCUAUACUUGUUGGGUACCAAGAUGAUUGGCUGAAGACAUCAGCAAGCUCUUUACAGUUAUGGGAAAAGGCUCCACUUGAGCCGUAUGCUUUCCAAAAACAUGUGUCUUAUUAUGCUGUCUGUCCAAAUAUCAAUUCCCUUACUAUGAUGGCUGCUGAUUUUUUUCAAGAACUUGGAAGUGUUUAUGAGAUGUGCAAAUUGGGGAGCCAUUCACCACAUGCUGUUGGAAAUCAAAUGGAUGUAGACUCAGGGAAGUGUUUAACUUCUGGCUUUGUUCUCCUUGAUAUCCCCCAAUCAGUGAAGGUAGAAAGCACCAAUGCUUCUGGUAUUGGUAUUGGGUCAAUAAGUGACUUUUAUCAGUCUUUAUCAAGUAGUUGGGAUAUUGCAAGCUAUCUUAGGUCUCUUGCAAAAGCUCUUAAAACUUUACAACUUGGGUCGUGUUCGGCUGCAAAUGCAAAAGAAGGAAAUAAUAGUUCCUGUACUGUGAUCUAUGUUGUGUGCCCGUUUCCUGAUCCAAUUGCUGUUCUCCAAACCAUUGUUGAAUCUUCAGUUGCUGUUGCGUCAGUAUUUUUCUCAACAGAGAAUGACAAAAGAGCCAUUUUGCAUAGUCAGGUGGGGAAAGCUUUAAACCACGCAGCUGGUGUUGAUGAAGUGUCCAUAUCAAAUAUUCCCACGCUUUCUGGGUUCAGUAUUCCAAGGAUAGUUCUGCAAAUUGUUCCCAUAGAUGCUAUCUUCCGAGUUUCAAGUCCGAGUCUCAAUGAACUUGUUUUGUUCAAGGAGAUAGCUUUUACUGUUUACAACAAAGCUAGGCGUAUAUUACGUGGAUCCUCCAAUGAAUUUAUCCAGCCAUCAACCUUCUCUGGUAGAUCUUCAUCCAUGCUGGUGAACAUGGCUAAUCCGAUUCCGGGUAUGUGGAAAGACUGUGUCGGUUCUCGUUUUUCGGGUUCGUCCUUAUCAAGAGAAGGUGAGUUUGAUCCUGGUAUGAGAGCUGGAACCUGGGAUAAUUCAUGGCAGACUGCAAGGGCCGGGGGACUAAGUUGUGACGCAAACCGGAGUGGAGAUGCUUUAUUUCAAGAGCAGGCUCAUUACAUGUUUGAACCACUUUUUAUUAUGGCUGAACCAGGCUCAGCGGAGCAUGGAGUAUCGCCUACACCCAUUGGUAAUGUGGCUACAGAUGAUAGCAGUGGAGGGUUUGCUCAGAAUUCAACACUAUGUGGGGAUACAGUACCCAGCUCCCAACUUGAUGGAUCUGAAGGAGAUAGUUAUGGAUCUGGCCUGCUGAGAUCGUCCCCAAGCUUGCAUUGUUGCUAUGGUUGGACUGAAGAUUGGCGUUGGCUGGUGUGCAUCUGGACUGAUUCUAGGGGAGAACUGCUGGACAAUCAUAUAUUUCCUUUUGGUGGUAUUAGUAGUAGACAGGAUACAAAAGGCAUGCAGAACAUUUUCGUCCAAGUUCUUCAACAAGGUUGCCAGCUACUGCAGGCCUGUGCCACUCCUGAUAAUGGUGUGGCAAGAGCAAGAGAUUUUGUCAUUACACGGAUUGGGUGCUUUUACGAGCUAGAAUGCCAAGAAUGGCAAAAGGCACUCUAUUCAAUUGGCGGGUCAGAAGUAAAGAAAUGGCCAUUGCAAUUACGCCGAACUACUCCAGAUGGUAUGCCGACAAACAGUAACGGAGCUUCCCUGCAGCAGCAGGAAAUUGAAAGAAGCUUACCUUCAUCCCCAAAUCCAAUGUAUAGUCCUCACUCAAAAUCUACUGGCUUUAUGAAAACUACUGGUAGAAAGCAGCUUAUUGGCGGGCCUGCAGUUGAUGGCUCAAGAGGAUCACUGCAGUUGGUUCAGAGCAUCAGCUUUAUUUCAGUUUCCGUUGACCAUUCUUUACACCUUGUCUCUCAAGCUGAUGUCUCUACUGGGAGCAGUCAAGGUAGUGGCGUCACAGGUUCAUUGAAUUACCUUGAAGGAUUUACCCCUGUUAGAUCUCUUGGUUCUACAUCAGCAUCUUAUAUUUUGAUCCCUUCUCCUAGUAUGCAUUUCCUCACUCCCUUCCCUCUUCAGCUUCCAACAUGCCUGACCUCUGAAUCCCCUCCUCUGGCUCAUCUCCUUCACAGUAAAGGCUAUGCAAUUCCACUUUCAACAGGUUUUGUUGUCUCCAAAGCUGUUCCCACACUUAAGAAAGAUAUCAACAAGUUGAAGGAAGAAUGGCCUUCAGUUCUUUCAGUUAGUCUUGUUGAUUUCUAUGGUGGUUGUGGUGUUCCUACUGAGAAAUUGGGCAGAUCACUUCCUAAGCAAGCAGGAAGGGGAAUUGUUUCUGAUGCCAGGGAAUAUGAGCUUGAGAUUCACUCGAUUCUUGAGUCUGUUAUGGCUGAACUCCAUGGCUUAUCUUGGUUGACAGUGAGUCCAGCAUAUCUGGAGAGACGUACGGCACUACCCUUUCAUUGUGACAUGGUGUUAAGACUGAGAAGGCUGCUAUAUUUUGCUGAGAAGGAAAUCUCUGGUCCGCCAGAAAGGCCACAACUAUAAUCCUUGUCAACAGAUUAUGUUUAUUGAAUAGAUGUUAGCAUAGAGAUGUGAAUCAAGUAUUCUUUAAUAGGCUUCUUUGCGGUAGUACACGUCUGCUGGGUCGACUAAUCAGUGCAUCUGUAUCGUCGUUUAACGUGUAAAUUCUGUAUGUAUAUUAUCUCCUGGGGAAAAUAACUGAAUCCCCCAUUGGCAGAUAAGCUGUAGAAUAUUAAUCAAAGAAAGUAACUAGCCUGAGAAAGGUGUAUAAAAUUAUAGGAACAUUAGGACUACAUUCUGAUUAAAUGGCAGGAAUUGGUUUUAGUGGGUUAAUAGCACUGUUUCUUGUGAUUUGAACUGGAAAUUGUAGCUUCUUUCUCCGACACUAGAUGGUGUAUAGACAGACUUUAAAAAUAGUGACUAUGGAUCCUUCUGUUUAGCCCCAGUGAUGGGUGAGAUUUGGAAAUAGGCUUGUGAAAUGCAGGUAAGAGUAGCAUGAGAUAACAGGAGAGUUCUUUUGAGCCGCUUUAUGCUUUGAGUUGUUGUACAUUUACAUCCCAGCCUGGCUUGCAAGUUCAAAAACAAUUCAAGGUCUCGAGACAAAGAAGGCGUCCAAGUGCUAUCUAAGAAUUGCUUCCAUUUGGAAUAUUGAUCCUCGGACGAUUAUUGCAAUUGUUCAAUGCUUAAGAGUGCUGUUUUUUUUGGGAAUAUUGAACCUUAUAAAAUUAUUGCAAUUGUCAGGUGAUUUGUGAUGUGAAUCGAGUCCCCUUAUAACUAUCUUUAUUGCUUUAUUUAGAUACUCUCUUGGUUUUACCUUACUCUUAAAGUAGGGGUUUUAUAAGUGAGUUUUUAAUAAUGUUUUUAUUAUUUUCUUAGUAGUAGUUAUGGGGCCUUGGGCUUUCAAAGUUGUAUUAAUUAAUUAGUGGGCUCUCUUGGUUCAUUAAUUAAUUAUUAGGGCUUUUUAUUUAGUUUGCAUACAGGGCAAGUAGGUUAGAUUUAUUUUUCCUAUAUAUAUUUGAUACAUGUCAACAAUUAUAGUUGGACGUUUAUUAUGAAAUAAAAAUUAGAUUGUUGAGUUUAUACUCGAA